UAGAGGGCACGGAUUGCAGAACGUGGUAAUAGACAGUGAUAACGAUGUUGCUUUUACAAAUUUGGUUGACAACAAUGAUUUUCCUUAUGGCGAAUGGUGUUCUCGGUGUUCAACAAUCCUUACAGUUGUUCCGUGAUCCUUCGUUUGACCACAAGAUUCCAGUGAGUGGAAUGGUGUUAAGCGAGUUCGAUGACAUUGCCAGUGUGUCUCAGUGUGGAAAAAGCUGCUUUAAUCGACCAGAGUGUGUUUCCAUUUUCUUUAACAGUGCAACAAAACAAUGUAUAGCGGCUGGUGACCUUGCAGACCAUCAAAUGGUGUCAGCACCAGGAUUCCAACAUUACACCACUCAAAGUUCAGAAGUCAAUAAAUGGCUGAAGUUUGGUCAAUCCCAUUACCUACUGAUAAAAGAAGGAGCAAACCUGUACCAAGCCCAGAAAAAAUGUAAAGAACAUGGAUCCAAACUUGUUGAGUUAGAAACCUUGGAAGAGAGCAGAUUUGUAACAGACAUCGCUAUUAGGGAAAAGAUAGACAUAAUGAUUGGUGUGACAGAUGCAUUCAAAGAAAAUGAAUGGGUGUUCCUAUCCUCGCUUGAAGCCGUUCCUUUCACCCAAUUCAGCAGUGGAAACCCUGACAAUUACAACAACCAAGACUGUGUUUGUAUAGCAGCUUUUUGCGAUUAUCAGUGGGAUGAUUUUAAUUGCUUGAAUGAACAAAGAUUCUACGUUUGUGAAAGAUUUGUUGGGUUUUGAAGGUCGCGGUCAGAUUACAACUGUAACGGAUGGCAUGAGAAUGUUGCAUUAUUCAAAGGGUCACUUCUCAACCAUGCAUUCUUGAAACUGUCGCAUGUUUUGCUUUAGUUAACUAAACCUGAUAUUGUAUAAGGCACAAUUUCAUUGUAUAAAAAUCUUUAUUCCUGACAAUUGUUCUUUACAA